AUGCGAAGAGCAAAAGUAUUUUCUGGCUCUUCUCAUCCAGAACUUUCUGAUCACAUUUGUGAAAAACUUGGAAUUUCACCCUCGCCAGUCACUUUAAAGGAAUUUAGUAACAGAGAAACUUCUGUUGAAAUUGGUUGUUCUGUUCGUAAUGAAGAUGUUUUUGUUAUUCAAUCUGGUUCUACGCAUAUUAAUGAUCAUUUGAUGGAAUUGUUGAUUAUGAUAUCAGCUUGUAAAGGUGCAUCUGCAAGUAGAAUCACUGCUGUUAUGCCAUAUUUUCCUUACUCAAAACAAAGUAAAAAGAAAAACCAUCGUGGAGCUAUAACAGCAAAAAUGGUUGCCAAUCUCCUUUCAGUUGCUGGUGUUGAUCAUAUUAUUACGAUGGACCUUCACGCUUCACAAAUGCAAGGAUUUUUCAAUAAACCAGUUGAUAAUCUGUUUGCAGAACCAAGCAUAGCUAAAUGGAUCAGAGACUCGGUACCAGAAUAUAUUACUAAUGGAGUUGUUGUUAGUAAAAAUGCUGGUGGCGCUAAAAGGGUGACAUCACUUGCUGAUCGACUUAAGAUUGACUUUGCACUUAUUCAUACUGAUAGAACGAGAGGCAGACACCAUCAUCAUAAUAUAACAGGAGAAAUUCUUUCAAUGGAUGAAGUUGAUUUAACAGCAUCAACAUCAAGCAUCAAUAAUCAUAAUGGUAGUACUAGCGGCUGUAGUGUUUGCAAUAGUAGUACAAUUACACUUGUGGGUGAUGUGGCUGGGAAAGUUGCUUUCAUAAUUGAUGACAUGAUUGAUAAAGCAGGAUCUUUUAUAGCGGCAGCUGAGCAUUUAAUGAUGAAAUGUAAUGCUAAAAGAGUUUAUGUGAUUGCAACUCAUGGAAUCUUGAGUGGUGACAGUUUAAAUGAAAUAGAGAAAUGUAAAAGCAUAUAUCAGUUGGUGAUCACAAACUCGUUCCCAGUUCCACAAGAGAAACUACUUAAAAGUUCUAAACUUGUUAUAAUUGAUGUAUCAGCUACUUUAGCUGAAGCAAUUAGAAGAACCCAUAAUGGUGAAAGUAUUAGUUAUUUGUUUUAUACUCCAUUGUAA